UAACUAUUCAGUAUUUCACAAAAACAAUGUCUAAGCAUAAUGUUCUUUUAUUAUUCUUUGUGUUUGUGGUUUUGUCAUCAACAAUUUUUUUAGUGUGUGAUGGCACUGAAAUGGAUGAUGAAAGCAGUAAACUUUACAUCGUAUAUAUGGGCUCACUUCCUACAGGAGCAUCAUAUUUUUCAACCAACCAUCAUCUCAGUAUCUUGCAACAAGUAAUUGAUGGCGACGAUGUAGAAAAUCGUUUAGUUCGAAGUUACAAGAGGAGUUUUAAUGGUUUUGCUGCCAUACUCAACGAUCAACAAAGGGAAAAACUUCUUAGCAUGAGAGGUGUGCUAUCUGUUUUUCCAAGCCAAAAUUAUCACCUACAAACUACAAGAUCAUGGGACUUCCUUGGAUUUCCUCGAUCAAUCGAAAGAGAUCAAACCAUCGAGAGCGAUUUGGUGAUUGGAGUCAUAGACAGCGGAAUAUGGCCAGAAGCUGAAAGUUUCAAUGACAAAGGUUUUGGUCCGAUUCCAAAAAAGUGGAAGGGAGUUUGCGCAGGUGGUGGUAACUUCAGUUGCAACAACAAGAUCAUUGGUGCACGAUUUUACACCGAUGAAGAAAAGACUGCAAGAGAUUUUGGUGGUCAUGGAACCCACACAGCAUCAACAACAAGUGGAAGAGAGGUGAAAGAUGCAAGCUUUUAUGGUCUUGCAAAAGGCACUGCGAGAGGUGGAGUUCCGUCUUCGAGGAUUUCUGUAUACAAAGUAUGCAAAGGAGAUGGUACUUGCAGUAGCAAAGAUAUUUUAGGUGCAUUUGAUGAUGCAAUUGCUGAUGGAGUUGACAUCCUCACAAUCUCAAUUGGGAGCCCCUUUGCCGUUGAAUUUUUGAAAGAUCCUAUUGCCAUUGGUUCUUUUCAUGCCAUGGAGAAAGGGAUACUCACAGCACACGCAGCGGGAAAUUAUGGUCCCAGGCCAAGUAGUGUUUCUAGUAAUGCACCUUGGUUAUUUAGUGUUGCUGCAAGUUCCAUUGAUCGUCAAUUUAUUGAUAAGGUCAUUCUUGGAAAUGGAAAGACAUUUAUUGGUAAGUCAAUUAAUACUAUCCCCUCAAAUGGAAGAAAACUUCCAAUAGCUGUGCAUAAUGCUAAAUCUUGCCAAGUUGCAAAUGUAACUCCUGAAAUAUGUGGUUGUAUGGACCAAAAUAUGGUAAGGGGUAAGCUUGUUUUGUGUGGACAACCAGGGGGUGAAGUAUUGGCUUAUAUGAAUGGUGCAAUUGGUUCAAUCGUUCAAGUUCCAAAAUCUCAAAAUGAACUUGCUGUGGUCACUGCAAAACCUUCACUUAACAUGGAUCCAGAAAACUAUGCUCAUGUUAAAUCUUACACAAAUUCCACUAAAUACCCUGUAGCUGAAAUUUUGAAGAGUGAAGAAACUCUCCAUGACAACAAUGCUCCUAGAAUUCCCUUUUUCUCUUCACGUGGUCCAAAUUCUUUGGUUCCAGAAAUUAUGAAACCAGAUAUAAGUGCCCCGGGAUCGGAUAUCUUGGCUGCAUUUUCACCUGUAGCAUCACCCACAGGGGAUCCGGAUGACAAAAGAAGCGUCAAAUACAACAUAAUAUCUGGAACUUCUAUGGCAUGUCCUCAUGUUGCUGGAGUUGCUGCAUAUGUGAAAUCAUUUCAUCCAAAUUGGUCACCUGCAGCUAUCAAAUCUGCCAUUAUGACCACAGCGAAACCAAUAAAUGGUACUUAUAAUGAUAUGGCAGGUGAGUUUGCUUACGGAUCGGGGAAUAUCAAUCCACAUCAAGCUGUUCACCCUGGACUUGUUUAUGACAUCACUAAGCAAGAUUACGUGCAAAUGCUUUGUAAUUAUGGUUAUGAUGCUUACAAAAUAAAGAAGAUCAGUGGAGAUAAUUCAAGUUGCCAUGGAGCUUCCAACAUAUCAUUUCUGAAAGAUCUAAAUUAUCCUUCACUGGUGAUUCCUAUUGAGCCUGGUAAACGAUUCAAUGUCAAGAUUCAUAGAACAGUUACAAAUGUUGGCGCUCGCAACUCCACCUACAGGGCUACUAUCAUACCAAUUCAAAAUAUCAAGAUUAGUGUGAAACCAAAUGUUCUCUCAUUCAGAUCAUUAAACGAGAAACAAUCAUUUGUUGUCACUGUUGUUGGGAGAGCAAUAUCAAAUCAAACUGCGAUUUCAUCCUCGCUUGUUUGGUCAGAUGGCACCCACCAUGUGAAGAGCCCAAUCAUUGUGCAAAAAUCAACAUGAACUAUGUUAUUGUUAUAUUAUUAUUAUAACAACUAAAUUAAUAUAUGAUUAUUGAGUGAUCCACUAAA